CAGUUGUUCGACAUGGCUCGUACCAAGCAGACCGCACGUAAAUCCACCGGUGGCAAGGCGCCCCGCAAACAGUUGGCCACCAAAGCCGCUCGCAAGAGUGCGCCGGCCACUGGAGGAGUCAAGAAACCCCAUCGUUAUCGUCCCGGCACCGUCGCCCUUCGUGAGAUCCGUCGCUACCAAAAGUCGACCGAGCUUCUGAUCCGCAAGUUGCCAUUCCAGCGCUUGGUCAGAGAAAUCGCCCAGGAUUUCAAGACCGACUUGCGUUUCCAGAGCUCGGCCGUCAUGGCCCUGCAGGAGGCCAGCGAAGCUUACUUGGUGGGUCUUUUCGAAGACACAAACUUGUGCGCCAUCCACGCCAAGCGAGUCACCAUCAUGCCUAAAGACAUCCAGCUCGCCCGUCGUAUCCGUGGUGAACGAGCGUAAACGAUUCCAGUCCCUUUUAACAAAUCGGCCCUUUUCAGGGCCACUACUUACUAUAGAAAAUUAAUCGAUUCUUAAUCUGAAUUCCAUUCCCCUAUCCCUCACCUCAACA